AUGUCUCAGCGAGAUAAUUCUCCCCUGCGACUUUACCAUCAUUACAUCUACAUCUCCUUUUGGGUUCUCUUCGCCUCGGUGAUCUUCUAUGUCCCAGGCGGGGUUACCUAUGCCGACUCCUUGCUUCUCUCCUCCGGUGCAGCGACCCAGACAGGCCUAAAUCCCGUCGAUCUCGACCGGCUCCAUGUCGUCCAACAGGUGAUACUGUGGGUCGUGCCCAUGGUCACCAAUGUGGUUUUUAUGCACUCGCUGUUGGUUCUCGUCCGUCUGUAUUGGUUUCGGAGACGAUUUCGAGGCGCCAUCCACGAUGCCAAGACGCUGUGUCGGACGCAGCGCCGUCGGAUGGAUCAGGAGCUCGAGGAUCAGGAACGAAACGCCGUGAACAUUAGCAGACCGAUAGUGCCACCUUUACCGGGAAGAAUGAAUGAAGAGCAGCCGUUGUUGGGGAGGAUGGACGAUGAUGACGAGAUAUCCCCACGCAGGUACCAGGCCACGAGCCCGCACAUCACGUUUGAUGACGAGAACACGCUCGAGACCAAACCGAGACGCCGAUCGAGUAUUGUGUCUCGCCGACGCUCGAUAUCUGAAUCAGCCGUCGACUCGGGUGCCCUGCCUGAUCCCGCCGUCGUUAUGCCACCGUUGCCCUCUUUGAUGUGGCAGUCGUCCAUAGCCAGCUACUCCGACUGGAACGAGGCACAGAAGGAGGAGCUGGGGGGCAUUGAAUAUAGGGCGCUGAAGACACUGCUCGUCAUCCUGGUCUGCUAUUUUUUCGCGUUCCAUGUACUAGGGACGGUGCUGUUCGUUGCGUGGACGUUGAUCAGUCGACGACACGACCCGAUCUUCUCAGACAUUCAUGUCGCUCCCUCAUGGUGGGCUGCGUUCACUGCGGGCUCUGCGUUCAACGACCUGGGGUACACCUUGACGAGGAAUUCCAUGGCCCCCUUCCGCACGGAUGCAUUUCCCUUGUUGGUCAUGACAUUUCUCAUCGUGAUCGGAAACACAGGGUUUCCGUGCAUGCUGCGAUUAAUCAUCUGGUUUCUAUCCAAGACGACAUCCUACGGCACCGCUCUGGACGAGGAGCUGCAAUAUCUCCUGAAUCAUCCGAGGCGAUGCUUCACGCUGCUUUUCCCUAGCGCAGAGACUUGGAGGCUGGCUGCUGUGCUUUUGAUACUAAACGCGAUUGACCUGGUUAUCUUUUACACGAUGCAAGAGGCAAGCGACGAUCCCAUCUCGCCAGGGAUUCGUUUUGUGAACGGACUGUUUCAAAUCGCCUCCACCCGCACGGCCGGGUUUAGCAUUAUAUCGCUAGGCCACCUACACCCAGCCGUGCAGGUCUCCUUCGUGGUCAUGAUGUAUAUAUCGGCGUUCCCCAUCGCCAUCGCCAUUCGGAAGACCAACGUAUACGAAGAAAAAAGCCUCGGCAUCUACGAGGAAGACGACGAAGACGAAGACGAAGCAGCCAAGCCCAAUGCAAACCGGGGUCUCGCCGCGCACAUCCAGCGGCAGCUCGGGUUUGAUCUCUGGUACGUGAUGCUGGGCUUUUUCCUGGUUGCGGUGGCCGAGGGACCACGGCUGCAACCCCACGGCAAAGACAUCGCGUUUUCGCUCUUCCCGAUCCUCUUCGAGAUUGUCUCCGCUUACGGCACGGUGGGUUUAUCGCUGGGGUAUCCCGGCACCGAGACCAGUCUCUGCGCGGAGUUCAACACCGUGUCGAAACUGAUCGUCAUUGCGAUGCAGGUGCGUGGGCGACAUCGUGGUCUGCCACAUGCGCUGGACCAUGCGAUCUUGUUGCCAUGCGAGGUACAUCAGGGAGAGCAUGGAGAAUGGCCGUGGAAGCGGUGGCUGAAGAGACGGGGGUCGAACCUGAGUAGUUUUUUCCUGCACGGUGACGCUAACAAUGGGGAAGCGGAGAGAAUGGCAUGA